AUGGUAAUUCCGCAGUUGCGCUUAACAAGAAAUCAAGCAAUUGCUCGGACUGUUGUUGCUGUGAUUGGAUUGGCGAUUGGGGCGUAUGGUGUUGCGACAGUCUAUAAGCCGCUUCAGACGAAUUGGAUUUGCGUAAGGCCGAGCUGCUCGUCCACUACAAAGCAAAACACGAUGAGCGGGUGCGAAAAGCCGCAGCUGCUCAACAGGGCCCAAAAUAAUCCAGAAGAGUCUUCAUCACCUAGCACUACCAGUAAUAGCGGUGCUGCUACUGCCGGCCCAUACCGUGAUGAAUUACCCUUAACUUCCCUGAUGAAGCAAAUAUUCAAAUUUUAUAAACGUCGUGACCGCGAGCCGGAUUUAUCGGAUGUCCUGGAUCUCAGGCGCUCCUCCGCAAAUCAGGGGAUCACAUGCUCGAAAUUUGUUCCGCAGGUGACGCCCUCCGAUUUGACUCUGGAAAAGCUGGGCUUGCGUCCCGUCUCGCAAUGGACAGCAUCCACGGUGGCUCAUCGCCCUGGCAUGGUUAUGUUGAACGACAUUUUCGAGCCGUCCAAUCAUCUUCAGUGGAUUGAACGUUCGUUGACCGUUUAUCCUGAGCCACCUGGAUUCACAAACGUUGGUCUUCACGUACCAAAUGCACAAAAUAUCUUCGAGAAAUAUGUGGAACAGUUGCGCUGGUGCACACUCGGCCUUCAUUAUGAUUGGACAACAAAAUUAUAUCCCUCCAAGGGUGAGCCGUUGCCAGAAGAGUUGUCUUUGUUGGCCGAUGUUUUGUCGCAAGCGCUCGGCUUAGGGCCGAUGUCCGCCGAUGCUACAAUCAUCAAUUUCUAUGCUAGGAAAUCGACGCUGUCGCCUCAUAUUGAUAGAUCUGAACGUACACUAUCACAGCCACUAAUAUCGGUUAGUUUCGGCCAAAGUGCAAUUUAUCUGGCCGGUGGAACCGAACUGGACGACCCAGUUGAUGCCUUUUAUAUUCAUUCUGGUGACGCUCUCGUUAUUUAUGGAUCGCAACGUCUUAUCUAUCAUGCAGUCCCACGCAUUUUACAAGAUCGGAAAUUCGAAGAAACUGGCUCCGAAAGUAUUGUGAAAUAUGCAAAUUGUAAUCGUGUAAAUAUUACGAUACGGCAGGUUGAUCAGCGCAGCGAGCAAUGA